GUCACCUUCUCAACGGUCACUCCGGUGGUCAGCGGCAGCGACACUCGAGGCUACGCUCGCUUGGCAUUCACGCGCCGCCGUGUAACGCCAUCGCCGAAUGCUCGGAAGAGACUAUUGAGAAUUUCGGCGAAAGCGUCGACGAAGAAUGCUAUGGAGUUCAGGAAAUUAGGAGAUUCCGAUCUUAACAUCAGCGAAGUUACUAUGGGCACUAUGACAUUUGGGGAGCAAAAAUACUGAGAAAGAAUCUCAUGAGAUGCUGAGUUAUGCAAUUGAAGAGGGCAUCAAUUGCAUUGACACUGCUGAAGCUUCUCCCAUACCGAUGAAGAAGGCGACCCAAGGAAAAACGGAUCUUUAUAUCAGUAGCUGGUUGAAGUCUCAGCAACGUGACAAGAUAGUUUUGGCAACUAAAGUAUGUGGGUACUCAGAAAGAUCAUCUUACAUUAGGGACAGUGGUGAGGUUCUGCGUGUAGAUGCUGCUAAUAUCAAAGAAAGUGUUGAGAAAAGUCUUAAGCGCCUUGGAACUGAUUACAUUGAUUUGCUUCAAAUACACUGGCCAGAUCGAUACGUACCACUCUUCGAUGAGGGAAAGGUUCGCUACAUUGGUGUCUCGAAUGAAACUUCAUAUGGAGUGAUGGAGUUUGUUAACACAGCAAAACUCGAAGGACUACCAAAGAUUGUGAGCAUCCAGAAUGGUUACAGCUUGCUAGUUAGAUGUCGGUAUGAAGUUGACCUGGUAGAAGUAUGCCACCCAAAAAACUGCAAUGUUGGCUUGCUUGCUUAUUCCCCUCUUGGAGGCGGCUCGUUGUCUGGGAAAUACUUGGUUACUGACCAAGAAGCUACAAAAAAUGCAAGGCUGAAUCUUUUCCCAGGUUAUAUGGAACGUUACAAGGGAUCUCUAGCCAAGGAAGCAACGAUACAAUACGUAGAGGUGGCGAAGAAGCACGGUUUAACUCCGGUUGAGUUAGCACUUGGGUUUGUACGUGACCGGCCCUUUGUGACAAGCACGAUCAUUGGGGCCACAUCGGUAGAGCAACUUAAAGAAGACAUUGAUGCUUUUCUGAUGACGAAGCGGCCGUUUUCGCAGGAAGUUAUGGCAGACAUUGACGCCGUUUUCAAAAGGUUCAAAGACCCUUCUUUCGUUUGAAAGAAAAGUAGGUUUCUCAUGAGUUUGUGACCUCAACGUGAAAAGUCCAUCAGUUAAUAUAUAGCUUGAAUUUGU